GUUAUUAUCAUACGGGUACAAGGGUGCGAUAGGAUAACUCAAUGACUAUUGUUUUUGGUAGUUAUCCUAUAUUUGGAUUAUUUCUAAUGUAACGCAUUAAAAUAUAAGAAUACUAAGAAAUCAGAUGACGAAGUAUGUAGCAGUAGUUUUAGUAGUACUUUUUGCACAUCUUCAGCAAGUUUCAGCUAAUGUUUUUGGUUUUGAUAACUCAGUAUGUACAUAUCACAAUGCUUCAGAAGGUGGACCUAUGCCUGAAUGGCCAAUAGGAUACUCUACAGAGGUUGAAUGGAAGAUGUUAGGCAAAAAAACCGUUGUCGAUGUCAAGGAGUUUUGGGACCCUAUAGACGAAAUUAGAAGCAUUACAGCUUCUAUUGAAGGAGUUACUGUACAAAAUAUUAUAAGCGAUGAACAUACGGAAUAUUAUACUAUCGUCAAUAAUAAAUGUACAGUAAACAAUCUAGAAACAGAAAUGAUAUUUUUUCCCAAUGUAUAUGGACUACAAUGGUUGAGUAUGACUAAAGAUUGGUAUAAAAUCAUGCAGCAGACAACGAAAAUUCAAAAUAGUUCAACAGUUAUUAGAUCGAUGGAUGUUGACCAUUGGUCGUCGUGUCUCUAUGUAUUGAAUUUUGAUGUUACAGCACAAGUAGAUAUAUAUUUUGCAAAAAACUGGGCUUUGCCACAAAAUGACCCAAACGUUUUGAUACCAGUGCGUAUUGAAGUUCGAGGGAGAAUUAAUGGAACAGAUUCCAAUGCCUUUCAUGUUGUUGGAGAUUUGUAUAAUUUUAAUGCAUCACCACCAGCCGAUCCAUUGAAUUUACAGGCGCCUGCGGGUAUAUUCUGUCCUGGGAAGUAUCCAGGGAAACCAAUAAUAAAAUUGCCUGAUAGUUUCUAUGGAAUUAUUGAAAUAGUCAACAGAGAGCAGUCAACAAUAAUGUUCCAGGAGAUAUGGUAUCAUGCUGAUCAAAAGAUAAUACGAUAUGACACAAAGACCUCUGAUGGAAGUGAUUCGGAUCCAUAUAUGACCGUAUUAGACUUUAAAACAGGAAUCCGGUAUAAGAUAGAUAAAUAUAUAGGCAAUUGUGAGACAGAACUUGUUGUGGUUGGAGAUAACUUUGUUAAAGCAAAGAGUUUAAAUAGUAAUAACAUUGCUAUAAUGUCUGUAACAGAAUUCUUUCAUCUAGCCAAAGCGUAUAUACAGUAUGUUGGAAAAAGAUGGACACGAGGUAUUUUGUGUGACGUAUGGGUAGGGACGUACUUCGAUGAUUCUGUGUCAAGAAACUUUACUGCAGAAUGGUAUUUUGCUGCUCAAGGUUGGACGGAAGCUGUUGGACUGAUUUUGCAGACGGGAUCUUUUAUCAAGAUGGAUAUUUUUGGGGGAGCCCAAUAUCCCAUGUCAUAUCAGAUACACAGAAUGGACCCUAUAGCACCAUCUCUAUCUUCAUUUGACUUAUACAAUUGUUUUAGACCAGCCCAAAAAGCUCAUGUAGUUGCACGUUUUAGUGUAUCCAGAGGAAAACUUAUUUCACAAAUAAGUCAGCUGUACCUUCAGGACAUCCUACAAUCACAGCUUACAAACUUAGCACAGAUAGAUUCUUCACGAAUGACCAAUAUACUUAUGGAAUAUUUUGAUGGAAAUGAAUUUUACUUUAGUGCAACACUUCUUGACAAAGCACCGCUAGACAAUCCUAGACUUAUUCCUCCAGCUAUAUAUCAGGUUCCACUAAUGGCAGCAUUCGACUUUUUAAGAGUACAAAUAGAGGGAAAAUGGUCACAAAAUGUAUCGACCAGUACAGGCGAACAUGUAACAUUUUCCGGAGUGAACAUUGUACAACUUAACUAUCAAGCAGAGUUAACAACAACGACAGCGCCAACUACCCCUACCCUCCCAUACAAUGUCCCAACACUUCCACAUCCCACAACACCUCACACGACAAAAGUCCAUACCCCACCUAUACCGCCCUCGGUAACGACUAAAAUAACGACUACAACUCCUUUCAUCCCUACUACUCCUCCGACUGUUUCGUCUACAUUGACAACAAAAAAUACUCACUCAAGAACCUCGAAACCAACUGCAACCCCCAAACCAUGUAUGUGUCCAAAAAUUACAUGUCCAACUGCUCAGACACAAACACCUCUACCUCCGUCAACUUGUCCACCAACAGUACAACAACCAACAGCUAAGCCUACUAAGCUGAAAACAGAAAUGCCAAUAAAACAAUCUACAGUAACGUUAAAGCAACCAACAAAAAGUAUUCAGAACUGUUCUGCUUUAAUAAGACAGAUGCAACUGGCGGCAGACAACGCAAAGCAGAGCACCACCGGAGUUAGUAAAGGAGGAGCAGCUGGAAUUGCUAUAGCAAUGUUGAUUGUCGGAGCUGUAAUUGGAUUCAUACUGACUAGGUUUUACCAUGUAAAGUGGCGUCGUAAUAAUCCUGGACUUAUUAACGACAUGGAAGAUAACAAUAAAUAUUAGACUGGUACAUGUUGUACAUGGUGAAGUAAUCUCAGAUGUCCCUAGUAUGAUAUGUAUUUGGUCCUGGUAAUUCUCCAAAAACUAUUUAGGUUCUUCUUUGUUUGGUUAGAAAAUAAAUGUUGAAUAUUUA